UUUAUCCCCUCCCCCAUUCACCACCACCAUCACCACACCACACCACAGCUCGCUCACCACAAUCUCAACAGCCAUCGGAAUCAACAGCAGCAGCGGAGCGAUUUCAUCGACUAACAAAUCAGCGGACAUGGGGAUGCCGGCGGUGAGGAGGAGGGAGAGGGACGCGGAGGCGGAGCUCAACCUGCCCCCCGGCUUCCGCUUCCACCCCACCGACGACGAGCUGGUGGAGCACUACCUGUGCCGCAAGGCGGCCGGGCAGCGCCUCCCGGUCCCCAUCAUCGCCGAGGUCGACCUCUACCGCUUCGACCCGUGGGCGCUCCCCGACCGCGCCCUCUUCGGCACCCGCGAGUGGUACUUCUUCACCCCGCGCGACCGCAAGUACCCCAACGGGUCGCGCCCCAACCGCGCUGCCGGCAACGGCUACUGGAAGGCCACCGGCGCCGACAAGCCCGUCGCGCCCCGCGGAGGGCGCACCAUGGGGAUCAAGAAGGCGCUGGUGUUUUAUGCCGGGAAGGCGCCUAAGGGGGUUAAGACCGACUGGAUCAUGCAUGAGUACCGCCUCGCCGACGCCGGCCGCGCCGCCGCCAGCAAGAAGGGCUCGCUCAGGCUGGACGACUGGGUGCUCUGCCGGCUCUACAACAAGAAGAACGAGUGGGAGAAGAUGCAGCUCCAGCAGCAGGGGGGAGAGGAGAUGAUGGUGGAGCCCAAGGCGGAGAACACGGCGUCCGACAUGGUGGUCACCUCGCACUCCCACUCGCAGUCCCAGUCGCACUCGCACUCGUGGGGCGAGGCGCGCACGCCGGAGUCGGAGAUCGUCGACAACGACCCGUCGCUGUUCCAGCAGGCGGCGGCGUUCCAGGCCCAGAGCCCCGCCGCCGCGGCGGCGCACCAGGAGAUGAUGGCCACGCUGAUGGUGCCCAAGAAGGAGGCGGCGGAGGAGGCCGGCAGGAACGACCUGUUCGUGGACCUCAGCUACGAUGACAUCCAGAGCAUGUACAACGGCCUCGACAUGAUGCCGCCCGGGGACGACCUGCUCUACUCCUCCCUCUUCGCCUCGCCCCGUCUCCGGGGGAGCCAGCCCGGCGCCGGCGGCAUGCCGGCCCCGUUCUAAGCAGAGCCGAGACAGAGACCGUCAGAGACAGAGAUCGACAGAAGCGGAACGGAUGACUUCUUCGCCGCGAGCAAGAUCGCUCGCGGACCAGUGUAAAUACAGCAUAGGAAACGGGAGGGAGGAUGCGUCGUCGUGUCUGAGAGAGCCGGCGUGGCGCGGUCGCCGGCGCCGGGGCGUGCCGCUGUACAUGGAGAGCCCGGUGCUGGGGCCUGGCCGGCUGGGUUGAUUCUUUUGUUCUUACUACUACUUUGUACUCUCAAUGCGGAUGUAGCUCUUUCUUCUCACUCCUCGGUAGUAGAAUCGACCGACCAAAUACAUAUGUAGCUCUGUUCCUUCCUUCUCUUCAGUAGAAAUCAACCAAAUUUUUCUGUUAUGCUGCUAUA